AUGUGGCUGCUGGCAGGGUUCAUCCAGGUGGUCAGUCUCUUGUGUGUGCAGUGGUCAGAUCCUGCGGUCGUGGUUGUUGAGGUUGUGUUUGGCCACUUCCCCACCAGUCAGGAUCCAGACUGGUACACCGUCUCCUACCAGAUUGCACGCAACCUCACGGUGUGGCUGGAUCCGAUUGGCCGCUCUGAGUGUUCUCCUGAAUGCAGGCUGCUUCUGCGAUUGGCUAAGGAGCCAGGAGGAAGUGACAUCAUGCUGAAAGCUAUCAAAAACAAUACCACACUGAAGACUAAGACCUUUCAUAUCGCCCAGUGUCCUAUUGGCUGGCUGGCGAGUGGAAGGAGCUGCUACAGUGUGAGUAGGCGGAGCCUGUCGUGGGGCGACGCCCAGCAAACCUGUAUAGGCAUGGCUUCAGGAGGACACCUGGUGGAUGUUAAAACAGAGAGAGACCUCCUCCUCCUCUCCUCUCACCUGACUACACACAACAACCUACUACUGCUCUGGACUGCUCUCAACGACAGACUGGAUGAGGGGCUGCCCCGCUGGUCUGAUGGCUCCUCCUACAACCUGACGAGUGCUAUGACAUCCUCAUCACUGCCAGCCAAUCAGACGGACUGUUUUGCUCUACAGAGGAACACUACUGGACUAGGCUACUUCCUGACUUCACGGCUGAAAGUGCCAGGCCUGUACCCAGGCAAGGUCUACUCUCUGUCCCUCAGAGCCUCCCACCUUACUGGGGCCGCAUGGAGCCUGGGGAGCGUGCAGACUUGUCACACACGGCCCCUUCCCCCUCGAAAUGUCACCAUUAGCAACGUGACAGCCAGUCAGAUCACAGUAAGCUGGACAGCCCCAGACUCCCAGCAUGCUGUGCGGUGGAGCUUUCUAGUUCGCUGGGAGGGUGUAGCCUCAGGACAGGAGACGAGAAUGGUUGUGGCUAGCAGCUCCAGGUCCGCUGUGAUUGCAGGACUGGAGGGGUUCAGGAAGUACAAGGUCAGAGUUGACUCCGUCACAGAACACGGUGUGGAGAGCUGUGGAGGGGAGGAACUGACCCUAUACACUGGUGAAAGCCCUGAUGGGUACUAUGUUAGGCUACGCCCCGUCAGCCAGGCCCGCCCCAUGGAACUGUGGAUAAAUGAGUCCAGGUGUGUGUUCCUGGCCAUAUUCAGUCCAGGGCAGAACUAUGAGGUGGGUGUGGCUUCAGUGAGAGGAGAGAACAAGAGCCAAGAGAUCAACACCACAUACAGAACAGAGCCUGGGCCCGUGCAGGCAGCUGUCCCUCUCUCGGUAGGAAGCAGUUCUGUGGUUCUGUAUGUCCAGAGACCAGUACUGGGCCUGGCCUCUCCCAGUAAUGUGAGAGAGGGCUCAGUAACAGAGUCGUCAGUAGAGAUGCUGUGGGAUCCAGCCCCUGGACGCGGACACAACUAUGAAGUCAUCUGUCUCAACUGUCACCACACACUCAUGGUCCAGAAGGUGUGUGUUCCGAGGACAGUGUUCUCUAGGUUGCUACCAGGCAGGCUGUACCACUUCUCUCUGAGGACGGAGAAAGAGUCCUACACAGACAGCCCCCCUGUCACACUCAGCAUCACUACAGCUCCCAGUCCAGUGGUGGUAUCAGUCCUCAGUAGGACCACAUCGUCUGUGACAGUCGGCUGGACCCAGGCCAGGGACGUUGUCAAAGGCUUCAUCCUGUCAAUCAUAAACCUAACCUCCGAUCAGCAGCUGAACCUCUCAGCCCAGGAGCCAUGGUCUUACAGGUUUGAGGACCUUUCCCCAGGAAACUAUUACACAGUAUAUGUUAUCAGCAGCAAUGGAGAGAGGAGGAGUACACCGGCUUCUGUAGACUUCAACACCAUCCCAGGAGCCCCACAGGAAGUGCUGCUGGUCGAAGAGGAUGUGACCUCAUCAGUGUUUGUGAGCUGGGGAGCCCCAGCAGGGGGCGUGGAGGGGUACAAGCUGCUGUUGUGUCCGUCAGGGGACAAGUCGUCAUGUCGUGAGAUGGUGGUUCAUAGCAACAGUCUCCAGGUUGGAGGUUUGACCCCAGGAUCAGAUUAUGGCAUCACCGUCCUGAGCCUGCUUUUAUCAGACUUCAGCCAGCCUGUCACUACACAGUUCUCCACACGUCCGGCCGGUGUGUGUUCCCUCUCUCUGCUCUAUGUUAACUCUUCCUGUGCUGUGGUGAGGUGGGACGCUGCCAUUGGCCAGUUUGACUUCCACAGGGUAACUGUUGGAAAUGGCUCGCAAACACAUACGAUAGAGGUCUCCAAGGAGAGGCAGGUUGCUACAGUAACUGGGUUGAGGGAUGGCUGUAUGUACAACAUGAGCGUGGAGCGCAUUAGACGAGGAGAGGCAGGGAGAGCUGCCUCCCUGACUGUAACCACAGUGCCGGGCCGUGUGCGGGGUGUAAAUGUGGUUAGUGUGUCUGCUCAGAACUUCUCUCUGCGUUGGGAGCAGUCAGAGGGGUGUGUGGACCAGUACCUCGUCAGCCUGCUGCCCAACCAAGGAACUGUCUCUGUCUACCGCACACACGACAGACUCGUACAGGCUGACGUAUCCAGUCUGAGUCCUCGAACAGCGUUUACGGUCAUGGUGACCGCCGCCUCCUCCUCCAACCUCAGCCCACCGGUCAGCCGCAUAAUCAACAGCAACAAGACCGCCCCAACAUCCCCUCCCACCAAUCUAGAGGGGGAGAGGGUGGGCUCCAAUGGGAUCCUUCUGUCUUGGACCAUGCCCUCUGACUCCCGCAUUGACGGUUAUGUCAUCAGGUACAAGGAGGUGUGUCCAUAUCCAGACCCCACCUUCAAAGAGGUGACCAAACACCUGGACAUCCCUGAGACCCUUCUCAACCUCUUCUUACCAGGGUCUACCUAUAACAUCAAGGUUGCAGCAGAAAACUCUGCUGGUAUUGGACCCUAUAGCAAGUCUCUGUACAUCAAAACUGCUGAGGCUCGCCUGGUGACUAACCUGACAGCGUUUGCUGAGAACCACACGUUUGUAGUGGUCACUUGGCUCCUGCCACUCCGCAUCAACGGUCUGAUCACCAAGUUUGCGGUCAAAGCCAAACACGCUCGUACUGGUCAGACCGUCCGCAUACUGGAGCUGGAUGCUGAGGACAUCAUGACCGGAGCGCUACCACACUGCAACGAUGCAGCAGACAUCCUGUCUCGUGGGACCCCCAGUCCGUCAGAGGUGACAGCUCUGACAGCGUCCUCUCCUCCCGUCACCCUGUCAGCCGUCCCGCCCGCCGCCACCUGGGCUGUACCAAUAUCCGUAGGGGUGGACCAGCUGCGACCUUACACAGCAUACGUCUUCGAAGUGUCUGCUUUCACCUCCGACGGAGAGGGACAGGUCGCCUCCACCAUGGUCCGCAUGCCUGAGUCAGCCCCAGAGGACCCUCCCCACAACCUGUUGGUAUGGAACAUGACGUCUAAGUCAGUCUCUGUCUCCUGGGAACCUCCAACCAUCGUUACCGGACGUUUCAGCUACGUUAUCUAUCUCUACGGCCCCACAGGGUUUAUCUAUGAGAACAGCACAGGGGACCUGAGAUUUGUGUACUCUGGUCUGACACCCUACACACGCUACAGAGUGGCGGUGCGGGCCAAGUCUGCUGGCCUGCUGGGGCCUGAGGCCUUUACUGCUGUACUGACACCUGCUGAGGCUCCCAGUGCAGUGCAGGCUCUGCAGGCAGUAGCAGUAGACUCUGUGUCGGUGCGUGUGAGUUGGAGAAAUCCUGCCCAGCCUAACGGUCUGAUCACACAGUACAGACUCCUGGUUCUUUCUGACAACAUACUGCUGCAGGACAUCACCCUCACUGGAACACAGAGAUCAGCUGACAGCCUGACCACCUCCCCGCCUGCGUUCACGGUCACCCUCUCCGACCACACGCUCAUCACCGGCAUGACCAGGACUGCAAUCAGCCGCACACACAGCGCUCCAACCAGCCCUAACACUAACCUUGAGCACAAGAUCAACACUGACCCGUCAGUCACUGAGGGCUCCAGUCUGGCCAGUAUGGCCCCUGGGACUGGCCAGACCUCUGACUUUCCAGACUCCACCCCUCUGACCUUUGACCAUGUGACUUCAGGGACCUCUUCCCUCUCCCUAACCACCUCACCCCCGGCCACACCCCUCCCCUGGCUCACUGCCCACCCACAGCCUGGCAAGCCCCACCUCUCCACCCGCUCUGCACCUGCAGCCACUGGACACCUCCAGACACUCCUGACAUACCUCUUCACCAGGGCUGCUGCCUCCAGCACCCCAGGAAGAGUGUAUGUGAGGGACAAGGUCAUAGACAUGCAGGCUAAGGAGCUGUCUUACCUAGUCUCUGGUCUCAGUCCCUUCACUGACUACACCUUCACUGUUACCGCGGCUACUGCUAUUGGAGAGGGACCUGCAACACUCGUCACUGAGAAGACUCGUGAACAGGUUCCUAGCUCAGUGGUGGGAGUGUCCUAUCAGAAUGUUAGCUCCACCUCUAUCCUGGUCAGCUGGACUCCGCCCCUCAACCCCAAUGGACGAAUCACACAAUACACUCUCUACGGACUCAACCUACACAGCAACCGAGCCCUGCAGAGAAUUACACACAACACCAGCAUACUGCUCACAGGGCUGGAGAAGUAUACAGGUUAUAAGCUGCGAGUGGCUGCAUCUACUGCUGUAGGAGAGGGCUCUCUGUCUGACCUAGACAAUAUUUUCGCUGUCACACCCGAGGAUGAACCUGACUCCCCUCCUGUAGGGUUAACAGUGGUAGACACUUCUCCCUCCACCACCACCCUCUCUUGGUCGCCCCCGGAGAGAGCCAAUGGGGUGAUCCAACAGUAUGAGGUCCUGUACGAGAACCAAUCGUAUGUGGCAGUGUUGAACAGCUCUGUCCCCAGAGUGACUCUGACAGGGCUAAGGCCGUUUUCAUACUAUAAUGUCUCUGUCAGAGCAUACACACGCAUCGGACAUGGGAACCACACCUCAGACACACUCACUAUGCUGUCUGGGGAGGACGUCCCGGGUAGUCCUUCCUACGGCCUGUCCUACGUGUCUGUCAGUUCCAAUGAGGUGAACGUGAUGUGGGAGCACCCCCUGGUGCCCAACGGAGUUAUCACACACUACAGCCUUGAGCUGCGAAACUCCUCCCACUUCCUCAACCUGACCACACCCAUCAACCACGCCCAGAUCACACACCUGAGGAAGUUUGCGCAAUACACUCUGGUGGUGAAGGCACACACACGUAUUGGCUCCGGAAACCACAGCAGUGACCCUCUCAACAUCACCACUUUGGAGGACGACCCAGACACUCCCCCUCAGUUUCUACUAGCCAGGAUAUUUUCAGACUACGAGGUACAAUUGUCAUGGGAACCACCGAAAGAGGCCAACUCUGAGAUCCUCUACUACAUAGUCAGAGUCUGGAAUGAGUCGUCUGAGGUGUGGCAGAACGUGACAGAUACAGCUGUGGUUAUCAGUGUUGACUCAGAGAGUCGCUACAACGCGUCUAUCUCCAGCUGGACACGCCUGGGGGACGGGGGAGUCCUUAUAUACAUCAGCUUCAGUACUAUUGACACAGUGCCGUUUGACCCUCCCCAGAAUGUGUCGUUAGUGAACCUGACCUCUUCCUCGGUGACCAUGCUCUGGCAACCUCCCACUCAGCCAAAUGGAAUACUCCUGCACUACACUUUGUACUACUCAGACAAUACCACUGUCACAGAACAGCAUAUCCCAGUGUCAGAGCUGGACCCUGUCUCUCCGGGGGAGGACCUGUCCUACCGUCUGUCUGGCCUAAGAGGAGGACAGAACUACAGCCUCUGGCUGACCGCCAGCACCCUGCAGGGGGAUGGGGGGGUCCAUACUGAUCCCUUAAACCUACUCACUCCAGAGGACGUGCCCAGUGAUCCGGUUCACAACCUCAGUGCUCAGAUCUUCAGUUCUACGGCCAUCAUAGUAAGCUGGGACCCCCCUAUGGAACCCAACGGACGCCCCUUCUACCUGCUCACCCUGCAGGAGGCUGGACACCCCCUUACCCCUAAACCCCUGAACACCCCUAACCCUAACAGCAACCCCCAUGGACCCCCCGCUGUCAACAAUACCAUCACCAAGAUAACCAAUGACAACGUCUUCCUGUUUACCAAACUCAGGAAGUACUAUCCCUACGUCUUCACUGUUACCCCGGCAACCAGUGCCGGCCCCGCCCACAACCACACCAGCCUGCUGCACGUAAGGACCGAUGAUGACAUCCCCAGUUCAGCUCCAGUGCUGGUGUCCAGUAGGAACCUGUCGUCCUCCUCAGUGUCUGUGGUGUGGCAGCGCCCCCUGGAGACCAACGGAGAGAUAACCGAGUAUUCCCUCACCCUGUUCGGCCCUGGAGGCUCCAACACCACACACACCCCCAACACCGCCCUCACACUCACACAGCUGCUGCCCUACACUGCCUACAACCUCUCCAUCACCGCAGCCACCCGCAAGGGCUCCGGACCCCUGCUACUACUGAUGCUGCACACAGACGAAGCAGGUCCGAUGUCUCCUCCCCGGAACCUGUCUCUCUAUAACCACACAGCCUUCUCUGUGUGGCUGACCUGGGAACCCUCUCUGGAACCCAACGGUGUGAACUCUACAGGUCCGUGGACAGAAGGACAGCUGAGUGGGAUCCGGCCUCACAGCUCCUAUGAGAUCAGUGUAUUUAGCUACACCAGAGUGGGUCAUGGAGACCAGUACAGCACUCCUGUGUCCUUCACAACCAAUGAAUCAGUGUCGGAGGUGGUGGGUAACCUGUCCUGCUCUGGUCUGGGCUGGGACUCUGUGUUUCUACACUGGGAGCCUCCAGCCAACCCCAAUGGACUCAUCCUGUACUACCAGGUCCAGGUGAACACACGCUCACAGGCAUACAUACACCAGGCUUACACAAACCAUUACACGGUCAGCGGGCUAGCGCCGGAUGCAGAAUUCACACUCACCGUGACGGCUGUCAACUCUGCCGGCCCAGGAGACCAGAUCAACUGUACUGCCUACACACACCCCGAGUCAGUUCCUGGUGUCCCUCGCUUCCUGAGUGUGUCAGAGGCCACAGCCACCAGCGUGACGCUCCAAUGGGCUCCUCCCCUCUCUGCUCCCGGCAUGCUCACUGAGUACCGCAUCACCGUGCAGCUGCUGUCACCCGACUGCCAGUCUGACACACCCCUAGCUGAGGCCACACCCCUGCCAGAGCCGACCGCUGCCCUGGCUCCAGGCUGCGUCGAUCAGGAUGUGUUGGUGUCAGUGAAUGGUUCUGAUGGUGGUGAGGGCAACAGGAGCAUCACUAUACAGUCUCUGGCCAAGUACCGCCUCUACCGCUUCAGAAUCACAGCCCUUACGAAUGCUGGGCCAGGAGAACACACACCCUGGAGAUACACACACACACUGGCUGGGAACCCUGAUGCCCCUCCCAGUGACCUGUCAGUGACCAUGUCCUCCAACAGCCUCCGUAUCCAAUGGCAACUCCCAGAUGUGAUCACCGGCCCCACCUCCUACCUCAUAGACGUCCUCUCUCUGGAUAGCGAGGGGUUAAACCAGUCUGUAGUACGCGGUCCAGAGGAGCUAAGGAUUGUAGUUGUGUCAAACCUGACUGCGUUCACUCGCUACUCUGUGACCGUGACCGCCUUCACUGGAACACUGGAGAACGCACGGCGGGACGGACAGGCCACUGAACCCACUGUCAUCAGAACAAUGGAGGAAGAGCCCAGGGAUCCUCCUAAGAACGUGACCCUGCAGGUGAUUCCGGAGGAAGUGACCCGUGUGUUUGUGACCUUUGCCCCCCCUGAUGAACCCAAUGGGAACAUAAGUUCCUACACAGUGCUUGUCUACCGCCAGGGCCAGCUAGAGAUGACCAUUAACCACCUCAAUGUGGUCAAAAAUAAGAACCGCACUCUGACCGCAGUCAUCGACGGGCUGAAGGGAGGCUACAACUAUAGUAUACGGAUUGCAGCAGUAAACGGAGCAGGUUUAAGCCCCCCCAGCUCAGAGGUUCGGAUCACUACUGGAAUCAUAGGUACAGUGCUACAUUUACACUACAUAAGGGUGAUUACUCAUGAAACCAGGACAAAAAAAUUACAUUUUCUGGAAAGACCCCUGCAUAACCGCAACGUGUGUGUAUUUAUGUGUGUUUGUGUUUGUGUGUACGUGUGUGCGUGCGAGCGUGUGUGUGUAGCUCCUGCCAAGCCCACCCAGAGACCCCAGGCAGUGCUGGACCGAGGAGGAGUUGCCAUGGUAACCUCCAGGAGCAUCAUUGUUCGCAUGCCAGCCUGUUUCUACAGCGAUGACAACGGACCAAUCAGUAGCAUCCAGAUCAUCGUGUCAGAAUCUGGGGUGAUGGACAGCAGGAACCUAACCAACUGGAAGAUCGCAUUCCUCUCUCGUCCCGCCCCCUACCUGACUGACAAUGGCUUCCCCAACCCACUCUGUGUGAGGGACGGCGAAAGCAGGGACACACACACACAAACCAGCAGACACAACAACUCACAGAUUAGACACAGAAUUGUGAGGGACAGGGUGCUGGACCGUAGAGACCACCAGGAAGACCACUAUGUUAUCGGAGAGGAGGGCAACUGUCUGACUGAGGAGUACAGUAACACACUCUGUAACGGACCCCUCAAACCAAACACUGUCUACGUGUUUAAGUUCCGAGCCACCAACAUCCGAGGCCAGUACACAGACUCUGACUACUCUGAGCAUAUCAGAACCGCAGUGGAUGGGUUGUUGACCAGAGAUGAACAGAUCAUUCUGGGAGUUCUCCUCUCCUUCUUCCUGGCUGUGCUACUCAUCAUCAUCAUCUAUGUCUCUGUCAGGAUCCGUCAGCGUCAGAAGGAGGGAGGGACCUAUUCUCCCCGGGAGGCGGAGAUUAUAGAGACCAAGUUUAAACUGGAUCAGAUGAUCGCUGUGGCCGACCUGGAGCUGAAGGAAGAGAAGCUACACCGACUUCUCAGCUACAGAAAGUCUCUCAAGCCGGUCAAUAAGAAGUCUUUUCUGCAGCAUGUAGAGGAUCUGUGUGCCAACGAGAACGCCAAGUUCCAGGAAGAGUUCGCAGAGCUACCCAAACUGCUGCACGACCUGGCUACAUCAGACGCUGACCUUCCCUGGAACAGAUCCACGAACCGCUUCACUAACAUCAAACCCUACAACAACAACCGUGUUAAGCUGCUGUCUGAACCUGGCUUGCCUGGAUCUGACUACAUUAACGCUAGCUUCAUCUCAGGCUAUCUGUGUCCCAGUGAGUUCAUAGCGACCCAGGGCCCUCUCCCCGGUACUGUGGCUGACUUCUGGAGGAUGAUCUGGGAGACUCACACACAAACCAUUGCUAUGCUCACACAGUGCUAUGAGAAAGGAAGGAUCCGGUGUCACCAGUACUGGCCAGAAGAUAAUAAGCCGGUGACAGUAUUUGGGGACAUCAUCAUCACCAAGUUGACAGAGGACGUCUAUCCUGACUGGACCGUCAGAGCUCUCAAAGUGGAGAGGCGUGGGGACUACAUGGUGGUUCACCACUUCAACUACACCUCCUGGCCAGAGCAUGGCGUACCAGAGUCCAGCACCACACUCAUACAGUUUGUUAGAGCCAUCAGAGCCAACAGGCAUGAGAACACCACUAUAGUGGUGCACUGCAGUGCUGGUGUAGGCAGGACAGGAGUGUUUAUAGCGCUGGACCACCUAAUUCAACAUGUCAGUGAUCACGACUUUGUGGACAUCUACGGUCUGGUGGCUGAACUACGCAGUGAGAGGAUGUGUAUGGUGCAGAACCUGGCCCAGUAUAUGUUCCUACACCAGAGUACUCUGGACCUGCUGAACAGUAAAGGAAACAGCCAGUCCAUCUGGUUUGUUAACUACUCUGCUCUGGAGAAGAUGGACUCACUGGACGCUAUGGAGGGUGAUGUUGAACUGGAAUGGGAGGAGACUACGAUGUAAAGGCUGAGAACUUCUCAGUCAACUUCACACCUGAUAAACACACCUAUUCCUUAGUCAUGGGGCCAAAUCCUGGACAUACUGACUGUUUGUCAGAUGGAUUGGUCCACCAGAGAUAGAGGGAGAGAAAUAGAGAGGGAGGGAGAGAAAUAGAG